GUGUGGCUGUAAAAAUAUAAUUUUUUGAGUAAAGUUGCAACUUUAAAUCACUUCUGGGAUUAAAUUGUCUUAGAGGAAAACAAAGGAGCAUUUGCUCUGGUUGCCAGAGCCACUGGUACACCCUCUCAAAACGUUUAGGACCCAGGAGUUAAAGAGUACUUAUGUGGCAGGCUGAUUUAUUAUUGAUACAAAUUUCUAACAUGAAUUUCCAUUGGAGAUGAAAGCUUUAUUUUUGGUUUGCCCCCCGACCCCAAUCAGCUGUCAUCUGGAAUUGGGGGAUAUUUGCCUAUGGAUUCUAAGAGCAUGAUUAUAGCUCAGAGAGAAAUAAUAUUUGAACUAAUUUAAGAAGAAAUAGCUAUAGCAACUUCUAUGUAGACAGAAAAUGUUGGUGAAACACUGGAAAAAAGGAAUAUUGAAUAGAGAUAUUCAUGCCUGCAUUUAAAAUGGCUUCCUUGUUUUGAAGACUAUGGUCAAUGGUCCAAUAAAAAAUAUAGUCCAAUAAACCAUGUUACCUGUUUUAAGAGGAAAAUCUGAGGAUCCUAUACUGAUGCUUAAAUGAGAUAAGCCAGAGGUGAGUUGGGAGGAGUCAUUUUUAGAAAGGAGAGAAGUGGGAACAAGGAAUUUUGAGUGACUUGUUUUGUUUGAAAAGUUUUGAAAAAAAAAAAACAGUGGAAUAAAUCAUGGGAAAUAGGGUAUGCUGGAUGAAGGAAAUAUCUUGGAUACUUAUGUACAUCACUUUAAAUUGACUGUUUCUCUUUAUCAUGGAAAAUGAAAAAAUAGCAGCCUACAAGUCCAGAUUAAGCUAAUACGCACCAUGUAUUCCCUCUGUACCAAGAUCUUUCAGGUAUGUUUUGUUAAUCCUCACAACAACCUCAGAGUACUGUUACCUCAUUUUACAUCAUGCUCAUGUGAAGUGUCCUACUCAAGGUUUGUGUGCAAAAACCACAGAGCUAAGACUGAACUCUAAGUCCCCUGACUCCAAACAAUUGCUCUUUCAAUUAAAACACAGUAGUUCUCCAUAAAACCACCUCACCAGUAAUAAGAAUAAAGCUGUAAGAGGACAAGAGCACAGUAGGCUUCCACGCCACAGUCCUAUAAAUGAUUAGAAUAUGCAAGAUAGCAUGUUCUAAUCUCCCCAAAGCACCUAUUGCUCAGACAAAGGCUUCUACAAAGUAAGUGCUUAAAUUUUCAGCUGUGUUCUCAGCAACAGAGAAUUCCCCUUUGUACCCACACAGCAAUGUUAGUUUAAAAAUUGAGAAUUCUGAAGACCAUGUGGAAAAAAGAGAAGAUGAUUUAAUUUUAAUUCCUUCAAUAUUGCUUAUUAUCAACUCCUUUUAGGGCUCCUAGAGGGCAAUUUACUUGGACAAGCAUUUAGGAUCUCCUGACAGGGGUCUAUUAUAUGGGAAAGACAAAGUGCUUAUAAACAGUAGCAAAGAGUGGAUGAAGCAGGAUAUAGAAUGCAACAAAUAGUGCUGAAAAUUUCCACUUGAGGAAAUCUUCCAUGGUGAGUGUGCGUCAAAAAAGUUCCUUGGAUUAAUAUUGGGGAAUCUCAGUGUGUACAUGUGCUUUACAAACCACUGCUCACUCCUGCCGGUAAACAUGGGGAGAAGAGUGAAUGCUUCAUGACCCAUAUGCUCAGGCAGAGUUUGCUUUCUUUCAAUAGGUGAUGGCCAGUGGUAAGAACCAAUAAGCACCAAGCCUUUGAAGAAAGAUGAACAAAACCUGGAGAUUCAAGAAACUCAAAUUUGACGUCUUUGCUAAAAUGGCAGAAAGUAAAAGCCUGAGGUAACAGAAGCCCCUGAUGUUGCCCAUGCUCCCUCCUAAGAUCUCCUCUUUCCUUCUCUUGUGCGAUGUUGCUGUUACUUUACAGUGUAUCCUAUCUCCACUGCUAAGAUUGUUUAUAUUCUAAACGGUGGGUUAUGGAAUCAUUUUGGAAUAAUUCAGCCUGUGUCUCUUUAUCUGCUGAUGAUGGAUAUAUAUGUGAAAUGGACUGGCUGAAUUCAGAACACCAAAUGGCAUUAAAUCAAUCUAUGUGAUAUAAAGCCACAUAAAGUCCCACUCUAAUUUCCUCUUCAUUGACUGUUUUACUUCUUAAUUGAGUUUUAGAGAAAAUUGAGGCCAAAGUUCUGAGUUUCUUUGCCACUAUUCUCUUACAAGGAAAUUUUGAAAAUAUUAUUUCUGAUAUUUAUAAUCAUGAAAUAUAGGUUAAGAAUUAUGUGGAAAAUAUCAAGAAUAUAAAGAAAAUUAUUAAUGCCCCAAAUCUCAUAUUCCAGAGGAAGACAGUUGACAUUUGGGUGUAUUUUCUUUUUUGUUUGUUUUCUUUUGUUUUGUUUUGUUUUGUAGGGCUGCAAGUGAUAUAUGGGAGUAUUUUCUUUAGUGCCAUAUAUAUAUGUUAUAGUUAUAUUAUAUUAUAUUAGUAAUACGAGUAAGUGAAGGAGGCUGGCAGAGCUGAAACUACAGGGUUCUGGGAUAGCACAUAGCAGGGACAUCCUAUUUGGACCAAGAAGCAUGAAAAUCUUCCUAGAAAAGUUCAUACCUAAGUUAGGAGAAGUCCCUCCAGCUUAAGAAAACACCAGGUACAAAUGAAUAAAGAAGAAAGAGUGUCUGGAAGAGACUAAAAGAAAUUCAGCAUGGCCAUUUCAGAGUACUGAGGAUAUCAGUAGAAGCUUCAGAAGAAAAGAGAAAAUAGAGCAUUAGAAAAUUACCCAAAAAAAGUUGGGAAGAAAGGUAGCACUAAGUGACAUAUAUUAAAGGAGGGCAGAUUCCAGGCCUUGACUGCCAGACUCUUAACUUUUCAGAUGGGUAACAUCUAUCCAGUUAAAACUCUGAGAGGCAGAUUACUUCUUGGAUCAGAAAAUAUUCAUGUUCCAUAAAUUAUAAUCCCAAAGUUCAAUCCUCUUGCCAUACAAUUAAAAAAAAACCUAAAGUAAUUUUUUCCUUUUGAGUCAGUUAAGUAAAUUUAAAAGUUAUAAUUUAUAAUAUAUAUGAGCAUAUAAAUACUUAAUAUUGUUAAUGUUGUACUAUAUCUCUUAUUAUAUUGUAUACCACUAAACAUGUAUAAUUUUAGACAACAUGUGGGAACAACCUUACUCUUUUGGACACUUAAUAUUUAUCUAAUUUAUUUCUCAAAACAAACUGCCACAUACAUAGUUUUCUUCCCAUUUGACAAGCUGAGGUAGUAGUUGAUCUAGCUGAGACUAAAAACAGUUAAGUAGCUGAAAAUAGUUAUACUGAAGAUAAGUGGCCUGGUAUAGAAAUCUAUACAAUAUUUUAAAUCCACCAUAAGUAGAAUGCAGUUUUAUUUCAAAAUACUCAUUAAUAAAUUGAUUCUUAUAUAUCCAGAUUUGAAAGUAGUUUCUCCUUAGAUUUUAUUUAAUUAGAAGCCUGGAACUUUUCCCCACAAUUCUAAGUCUCAGCUACUAUGUGAACCUCAGUAGUACUGAUCUCAUAGUGCCUAUUUAAUCAUUGAUGUAAUUAAGGUAAUCCCCUAACCCUUGCUAAUUCCAGGGGCCAUCCUAAGAACAUUACCACACAACAAGUAAAAAUGAUUUGAUAAACACAUCAAAAAUUCAAAUUUCCCUGAGUCAUGUUUUUUUCUAAACCCUGAAGGUGACACUGACACUCAGAGAUGAGGAAUUACUCAGCUGUGACCGAGUUCUUUCUGGUGGGACUCUCCCAGUACCCAGAGCUCCAGUUUUGUCUGUUCGUGCUCUGCCUCAUCAUGUACAUGAUAAUCCUCCUGGGAAAUAGCCUCCUCAUUAUCAUCAGCAUCCUGGAUUCUCGCCUCCACACCCCCAUGUACUUCUUCCUUGGGAACCUCUCAUUCUUGGACAUCUGUUACACAUCAUCCUCCAUUCCUCCAAUGCUCAUCAUAUUUAGGUCUGGGAGAAAAUCCAUCUCCUUUGUUGGCUGUGCUCUGCAGAUGGUUGUCUCCCUGGGGUUGGGCUCCACUGAGUGUGUGCUCCUGGCUGUGAUGGCCUAUGACCGCUAUGUGGCCAUCUGCAACCCCCUGAGGUACCCCAUCAUCAUGAACAGGGUGCUGUAUGUGCACAUGGCUGCAUGGUCCUGGAUCAUAGGCUGUCUGAACUCCUUAGUGCAAACAGUCCUGACAGUGGUGUUGCCUUUCUGUGGGAAUAACAUCAUUGAUCAUCUUACCUGUGAGAUCCUGGCCCUUCUUAAACUCACCUGCUCAGAUAUCACCGUCAAUGUGAUUGUCAUGACAGUGGCAAGUGUUGUUUUAUUGGUGAUUCCUCUGCUGUUGAUUUUCAUCUCCUAUGUUUUCAUACUCUCUUCCAUCCUGAGAAUUAAUUCUGCUGAAGGGAGAAAAAAAGCCUUUUCUACCUGUUCGGCCCACCUGACUGUGGUCAUCUUAUUCUAUGGGUCAGCCCUUUUUAUGUACAUGAAGCCCAAAUCAAAGGACACAAAAGCAUCUGAUGAGAUCAUUGGGCUUUCUUACGGAGUGGUAACCCCGAUGUUGAACCCCAUCAUCUACAGCCUGAGGAAUAAGGAGGUGAAAGAAGCUGGGAAAAAAGUCCUGAGCCGACACUUGCAUUUAUGGAAAAUGUGAAAACACUUGAGGAAUGUGACAUCCUCAGUGUGGGGCCAGAUCAGGUCAUUUGCAUUCUGAGAUGAAGUCACAGAACCCAGUGUCAAGAAAAUUUAACUGCUUAUAAGUCCAAAUAUGGGACUCCUAUUCCUUUUUGUUUCUUUGUUUGUCUUUUGUCUUUUUAGGGCUGCACCCACAGCAUAUGG